AUGAACCCUGCUGGCCCUUCGUGGCCGAGACUCCGAGUCCUGUUGGCGCUGACGGGGGUGCUGUUGUCGCCGUGGCGGCUGUGGGCUGUCGAAGGUAAUCAGGAGUGCACCUGGCAGGUUGUCCUGAACAAGUUCGAUACGAUAGGCAAGAACCAUGGGAGUGACCGCUUCUUUGAGCAAGAGCCCCUGGACACAGUGGACAGUUUGUUUGGCGUUCUGGUGGACGCGCCUAUCCACCAGAAGGAGAAAUACCUGGGCUUCCCCUACUACCUGAAGAUCAACUACUCCUGCAAAGGAGAGUCCUCCGAGGCUCUGGUGCGCAAGGGCCACCUGACGGGGCUGAAGCCUGUGGUGCUGGUCAUCUUCCAGUCCCCGGUUAACUUCAAUCGCUGGAAGUUAGAACAGCUGCAGAUCCAGAUGGAGGCAGCCCCCUUCCGCAGCAAAGCAGAGCAGUGCAGUGCAGAGGAGGUGUGUGUCAUGAGCUGGUACACACCCAUGCCCGUCAAGAACGGCAGUGUGGUCAUGCAUGUGGAUGUCAGCAGCAAUGGCCUCGGACCCUUCAUCCCCAAUAAAAGGUAUCAGGUGAACAUCAAUGGCUUUCUGAAGAGACAACAUGACAACAGACUCCAGUUCACCGUGGGAAAUGAGAUCUUCAAUCUGAUACCCCGGUACUUUGUGAAUGUCCCAUCGAGGCCCCUGUGGUACACUGUGGACCAGACACCGGUGCUCAUCCUGGGUGGAAUUCCUGAGGAGAAGUCAGUUCUGCUGACUGACACCAGCUUUUCGGACUUUUUUCUUGUGGAGUUGAGCAUUGACAGUUGCUGGGUAGGCUCCUUCUACUGCCCCCAAGGUAACUUCACCGCCACCAUCUACGAUGCCAUUGCCACAGAGAGCACCCUCUUCAUUCGGCAGAACCAGCUGGUCUACUAUUUUACGGGCAACUAUACCAUACUCCACGAGAGUGACCAUGGCAGCGGGAGCUGGGUUCGUGUACUGCCCAACGAGUGCAUCAAGAAGCUGUGCCCCGUGCAUUUUCAUGGAAAUGGCUCCGAGUACAUCAUGGCCCUCACCAUUGGGAAGCAUGAAGGUUAUGUCCACUUCGGGACUAUUUCAGAUGGCCUUGUUACCUUCCAGAGGCUGCCCAGGCAGCAGUCAGUGUGCGAAAGGAUACAAGUUGCCAACUGCUCCAUAACCUGGGCCGUGUACACUGAGGGUAACUACAAUCUGCUGCUGCUUGUUGAGGUUGAAGACACUGCUGCCAAGAAGUAUUUCCAGAUGGUCCACUACAACCUGGUCAGUGAUUACCUGUCCAUCCUCUACACCAUCCCGGAAUUCAUUCCUGAAGCUCGAGGCCUGGAGUUCCUGAUGAUCCUCGGGACAGAGUCAUACACUAACUUCCCGAUGGUGCCCAAGGGCAUGUCCUACAACUCAUUUAACAACAUACUGUUCAUCUGGGGUAACUUCCUCCUGCAGAGUUAUGACAAUGAAAACUUCAUUUACCUGGCGGACUUCCCCAAGGAGCUGUCCAUCAAGUACAUGGUCAACUCAUUCCAUGGAGAAAUAGCUAUUGUCACAGAGAACGAGGAGAUCUGGUACCUCCUGGAGGGCAGCUAUCAUGUGUACAAGUUGUUCCCAUCCAUGGGCUGGGAUGUGCACGUCAGCCUCCAGGUGAUGCAGCAGUCCUUUCUCUAUGCUUCCAACGAGACCAUGGUCACCCUCUUCUAUGAAGACAACCAUCUGUACCAGGUGCCACUGGUGUACCUUGUAAACAACCAGCAGGGCCAACUCAUCAAGAGGCUUGUGCCUGUGGAGCAACUUCUGAUGUACCAGCAACUCAAUAGCCACUCAUCCUUGCAGCAUCAAAGCGCUAAGCCGAAGCUCUCCUUCACCAACCUCUGCCCCUUCACCGUGAUGCGCCUGCGGGACCUGCCCGACCAGAAGAUCUUCACGCGCCGGGAGCGCUACCGGGCGCAGCCGCCGCGGGUGCUGGAGCCCUCGGGCUUCCACACCGAGAACUCUCUCGCCAUCUAUCAGGGCCUCGUCUACUACCUGCUCUGGCUGCACUCCAAGUACGACAAGCCUUAUGCCGACCCGGUGCACGACUCCACCUGGCGUUGGUGGAAGAACAAGAAACAGGACCAGGACUACUACGACUACCUGGCGAGCAACAGGAAGAGCGCGGGUAACGUGCAUAUUGACAUGGCCAACUACAAAAAGAUCUACGACGUCAAGGCCGAGUACCAGCUGCCGGAGCGCAUCUUCCUGGAUAAGGGCACCAACUACAGCUUCUCUAUCUUCCUGACCGCCCGGGGCCCCUCGUUCAAGUCUGAGCUGGAGCCAGGCAACAUCUUCCAUCUGCUGAGCCAGCUGGACCUGGGCGUGGUGCUGGCCGACCCCAGCUGCAUUGAGGCGGUGGUGAAGCAGAAGGUCCUUAUUAACCGCAACUCGGUGUAUUUCUCGGUUAUGCUCGGUGAUAAAAGGGUUUGCUUUGACCAGGGCAUUAGUGGCCAUCACUUCUUGAAGACGUCCAUACUGGUCAAGGUGGUGGGGUCAGCUGGGUACUGCUUCCAGAACACGAUCCAGGGGCUUCGCAUGCAAGGGAACUUGGUGGUGCCAGUGCUUAUAGGCUGUCCACCCGGAAAGCGCCUGGCCUUUGACAUCACCUACACCCUGCAAUACAGCCGCAUACAGAACAGUCACUAUUUUGACUGCGUUCACAUAGACCCUGAGAUGCCCUGCUUUCUCUUCCGUGACAACUUCCACCCCUUCUUCUUGAUCCAAGAUUUGGUGACUGGAGAGUCUGGCAGUUUUCAGGGCAGCUAUGUACUGAAGGUGGUGGGCGGCGGGCCCACCAUGGACACCAUCAGGGAAUACAGUGAAGAGGAGAUUUACCGCUUCAACAGCCCUCUGGACAACACCUACAGCCUCAUCUGGACCACCAAUAACUCAACAAUCACCGGCGACUUGGCUUUCAACAUCAUGUCCCACAGUACGAGCAUCGAGUGGCUGUGUCUGGAGAACUCUCCAUGCCAUGAUACCAUUCCCGAUAGCAUCUUUGCCCCCGAAUUCUUCUUCAAGGUGUUGGUGAGCAAUAGAGGUGUGGACAAGAGCACAUACUGUGACUACCAGCUCAUCUUUCUGCUGCAUCUACACGGGCUUCCACUCAAUGCCAAACGAGCCCUCUUCAUCCUCAUGGUGUCAACCAGUGUGUUUUUUGGCCUGGUGAUCUUCUACAUCAUCUGCUGCCUCUUGCUGCCCCUUAUGUUGAAGAUUUGCAACACCCUCCGCUGGAAAAUCAACAACAUCAUCACAUCAGAUUCCUACUAUACCUACAGCUCCUCUUCUAUAGGCUUCCACAGGACAGCUAGUGUUGGCUCCAAAGCCGGCUCCAAGGUGUCAGUGAAUAAGGCUGAACCUGAGCAAGCUGUGAAGAAGUCACUGACCUAG